AUGUCCAGCCGGUGCCUGCCCACCCCAAGGGCAGGGACCCUGCAUUUCGAAGACCUGGGCUCCAAACCCUCCGGGGGAGCUGAGGGGGCUGGAAUUACGGUCUUUAAGUACCACGCAUUAAUCGCCUUCCCUGGCAACUGCAGUUUCCAUGGAAAAUGCCGGCUCUGCCCCCGGCAGCUCCGCAGCGUCUGGCAGAGCCCGGCGCUGCUCAGCGCGGGUUUUACACCUCGCAGGGCGGCCAGACUGGCCCCUUGGGCCACCUGCGGCGUGUGGGCCGAGCGCGACUCGGACGAGGAGCGGCCCAGCUUCGGCGGCAAGCGCUCCAGGGACUACUCGGCCCCCGUGAACUUCAUCAGUGCUGGGCUGAAAAAGUCAGCAGCAGAGGAGAUGUCUGAGGAGGACUCUGAUGAGGAUGAGAAGCCCGUGAAGCAGGAAGAAGUCCCCAAGGAGUUUGUGCCAAAGAAGUUAAAAACAGGUGGUAACUUUAAGCCCAGCCAGAAGGGCUUUGUAGGAGGGACAAAAUCUUUCAUGGAUUUUGGCAGCUGGGAGAGACACACGAAGGGAAUUGGGCAGAAGCUUCUCCAGAAGAUGGGUUAUGUCCCAGGAAGAGGUCUGGGGAAGAAUGCUCAAGGAAUCAUCAACCCCAUCGAGGCCAAGCAGAGGAAAGGCAAAGGGGCCGUCGGUGCCUACGGCUCCGAGAGGACCAGCCAGUCUCUGCAGGACUUCCCUGUUGUGGACUCGGAGGAAGAAGCUGAGGAGGAAUUUCAGAAGGAGCUCAGCCAGUGGAGGAAGGACCCUAAUGGAGGCAAGAAGAAGCCCAAAUACAGCUACAAGACAGUGGAAGAACUGAAAGCCAAGGGCAGGAUCAACAAGAAGCUUUCAGCCCCUCAGAAGGAGAUCUCCCAAGUCAAGGUGAUAGACAUGACGGGCCGGGAGCAGAAGGUGUAUUACAGCUACAGCCAGAUCAGCCACAAGCACAACAUCCCGGACGACAGCCCCCAGCAGCCGCCCGGCAAGGACGCCAAGGCCCAGGGCUUUGCCCUGCCCGAGCUGGAGCACAACCUGCAGCUCCUCAUCGACCUGACGGAGCAGGAGAUCAUCCAGAGCGACCGGCAGCUGCAGUACGAGAGGGACAUGGUGGUCAACCUGACCCACGAGAUACAGAAGAUGUCUGAAGUCCUCUCGCACGAGGAGAAGGCGAUCGGCAACCUCAGCAAGGUGCUGGAGAUGGUGGAGGAGUGUGAGAGACGGAUGCAGCCCGGCUGUGAGAACCCCCUGACCCUGGAUGAGUGUGCCAAGAUCUUUGAGACCCUUCAAGACAAGUACUACGAGGAGUACAGGAUGUCUGACAGGGUCGACCUGGCCGUGGCCAUCGUCUACCCUCUCAUGAAGGAUUACUUCAAAAACUGGGAUCCCCUCAAGGACUGUACAUAUGGCACAGAGAUCAUAGCCAAGUGGAAGAGCCUUUUGGAAAACGACCAGCUGUUAUCACACAGUGGGCAGGACCUGUCAACAGAUGCUUUUCACAGACUGAUGUGGGAAAUCUGGAUGCCUUAUGUCAGAAACAUUGUGGCUCAGUGGCAACCCAGGAACUGUGGGUCCAUGGUGGAUUUCUUGGAUAGCUGGGUUACCGCUGUUCCCGUCUGGAUACUAGAUAACAUUCUGGAUCAGCUCAUCUUCCCCAAGCUGCAGAAAGAGGUAGAAAACUGGAAUCCCCUGACAGACACAGUCCCCAUCCACUCCUGGAUCCACCCCUGGCUGCCCCUGAUGCAGGCGCGGCUGGGGCCGCCCCCCUCCCCGAUCCGCAACAAGCUGGCCAACGCCCUGCAGAAGUGGCACCCCAGUGACUCCUCUGCCAAGCUCAUCCUGCAGCCCUGGAAGGAGGUGUUCACACCUGGCUCCUGGGAGGCUUUCAUGGUCAAAAACAUCGUCCCUAAACUCGGGAUGUGUUUGAAUGAACUCAUCAUAAACCCUCACCAGCAGCACAUGGAUGCUUUCUACUGGGUGGUUGACUGGGAGGGGAUGAUUUCUGUCUCCAGUCUUGUUGGGCUGCUGGAGAAACACUUCUUCCCCAAGUGGCUGCAGGUGCUGUGCUCUUGGCUCAGUAACAGCCCCAAUUAUGAAGAAAUUACCAAGUGGUACUUGGGUUGGAAGUCCAUGUUCUCAGACCAAGUGUUAGCACAUCCUUCAAUCAAAGACAAAUUUAAUGAAGCUCUUGAUAUCAUGAACCGGGCUGUCUCCUCCAGCGUGGGCGGGUACAUGCAGCCGGGCGCGCGGGAGAACAUCGCGUACCUGACGCACACGGAGCGCCGGAAGGAUUUCCAGUACGAGGCGAUGCAGGAGCGGCGGGAGGCCGAGAACAUGGCCCAGCGCGGCAUCGGCGCGGCCGCCAGCUCCGUGCCCAUGAACUUCAAGGACCUGAUCCAGACCAAGGCAGAGGAGCACAACAUCGUCUUCAUGCCCGUGAUCGGGAAGCGGCACGAGGGGAAGCAGCUCUACACCUUCGGGAGGAUCGUCAUCUACAUCGACCGGGGCGUGGUGUUUGUGCAGGGAGAGAAGACCUGGGUGCCCACCUCCCUCCAGAGCCUCAUCGACAUGGCCAAGUGAGGCCCUGCCUGAACUG